AUGAAGCCAUUACGGAACACGGCUCUAAGCCUAAAAUUACUUAUCGGACCUUUUGAUAUCGAGGUUGUUGUCUCGAACAGAGAGACAUCCACUGACGUUUUAGACAUGCACUUUUCAUGGAUUAAUGCAACACUUCCGGCGAAGCUGCUCUUCCGCCAUCAACUCAAAGGCAAGCUAUCGAUCACGCUUUGUGACCUGAGAUCCUCAGAUUUGAGUGUUUGUGCCAGCGAAAACGUGACGCAAGAGAUCCUGGCAAUUAUGUGGAUUGCUUUAUCACCGUUUCCUGCUGCAAAAAUACGUGCGGUCAAUCGUCGCGUCAUCGUACAUUGGUUGCUUCCGUUGGAUGCAGCGGCAGUUCGUUCAUGGUCAUUCGUUGGAGCGUGGGAGGAAAAAUAUCUCUGCGAAGUUGAGGUGGAAGAUUCAAUUCUGAUGAAGAGCAUGACUGGCAAAAGUCCGUGCAAGUUGGCCGCUGAGAAUAAACUUCGGCUGGUUGUUUUGGACCAUAAAAAUAUCGAUCGAAUUGGCGAUAAAAUGAAGUUUGCUUCUAUAUGUGCCAAUGUUCGCGAGGUAAGUUGA